UCUUCUCUGACGUUAUUCCAAGUCAAUCGAGAAUAGAUCUACAACAUGGACUCACAGAGGGAAGAGAAAGAGAGAGACCGUGUAGAUAAAGAGGGGGCAUCUUAACCGAAAGAGGAGAGAGGGGAUUAGCUGCUGAUGGAGGGGAGAAAUUGGAAGAGAUCCAAGUCCCAGGCAGGCCAUGUAUCGGAGGAGACAGAGGAUGGUGAUCGGAAGAGAAACAAUUAUGCAUAUCCCUCAAGCUUGAUGGAAACGGCCCGAUCUCAACAAGACACAUCCGCCAUCGUAUCCGCCCUCGCUCAAGUCAUUGCAAACCCUGCUGCCGCCGCAUCUCAUCAUGCAUCCCUCAGUUCAUCCGCAUCUUUAUCUCAAAGUUCGUUUCAUGAUCAUCAGGCUCCAGAUGCACAAGUAGGGAAGAACAAGAAGCUGGAGGUGAGUAGGAACUAUAGAGGGGUGAGGCAAAGGCCGUGGGGUAAGUAUGCAGCUGAGAUUCGGGAUCCGAAGAAGGCAGCUCGAGUGUGGCUCGGAACAUUCGACACUGCGGAGGGAGCCGCGCUGGCUUACGAUGAGGCCGCCCUCAGGUUCAAAGGCAACAAAGCCAAGCUCAACUUCCCUGAAAGAGUUCACUCUUUGCCUCCACCCUAUGGUCCCGCUUGCAAUGCUUCUCAGCCUCAAUCUCAGCUGCUCCCUCCAGCUUUCAGCUCAUGUGACAAUCAUGUUGGGGCUCAACUGAUGGAUGGUUGUGCCAUGCCACCUCCACGUCCCAGCUAUGUCCGCGGACAAGGCCCUACUUCUUCAGCUUCCGCCAGUGAUUAUUUUCAGUCACUCCAGCCUACUCCUUCGUUGUCGUCGUCUUCUUCCAUGCCGUCCCCUUUCCAUCAACACGAUCCCCAACAUAGCUUCGAUGGCUUUUCUUCUUCUUGGAGAUCCUCCCAAGAAUAGGACAUCAUCAGCCAGUAAAUGUUGCAUCCAGACCUUAAGAAAGUGUUUGCUCUCACUUACUUCAUUAA